CUUUAUCACAUUGCGCAUACCGAAGUGUGUGUGCCCCUACUCUGUUCUAGGGCCUUGUAUGUGCCCGGAAGAACGAGGCGGGUGGCUUGUCGGCGAUAUGGCUGUCACACUUCAUACAGACUUGGGAGAUAUCAAGAUGGAGCUCUUCUGUGAACAGUGUCCAAAGACAUGUGAGAAUUUCCUGGCUCUAUGCGGAAGUGAUUACUACAACGACAGCCUGUUUCAUCGCAAUAUCAAGGGAUUCAUGGUACAGACCGGUGAUCCUCUUGGCACGGGAAAAGGCGGCACUUCAAUAUGGAAUCGGAAAUUUGAAGAUGAGAUAACGGACAACGUUAAGCACAAAGUUCGCGGCAUGGUUUCCAUGGCAAAUAAUGGGCCAAACACGAACGGCAGUCAGUUCUUCAUCACAUACGCCCCUCAGCCGCACCUGGACCUGAAAUACACGGUAUUUGCGAAAGUGAUAGACGGCCUGGACACGCUGGACCAGCUGGAGAAACUGACGGUCAACCCGAAGAACUACCGUCCCACCACGGACACGCGCAUCCGACGGGUCACCAUCCACGCCAACCCGCUGGCGGGGUGACGCCCCGCCCACCGCUCUGCCG